UCCAAUCCCGCAUCACCAACUUCACAAUUUCACUUCUCUUACCUCCUACCUUGCCGCGACAACGUUACGGACAACUACUCUAUCCCUUUUUAAGAAGCAUCUUUCGACGGCAACAUAUCGCGAUACGAUACAUUUAAACCUACCGUCAUAUCAUUCAUGGUCAUAUAAUUCUAAGCAUCCCAAUUACGCGGUUACGAAUUAGGCUGCGGCGAUAACUAAACCAAGACCCCACCGACGAUGGCGGUCAUUGACGAAGAUACAUUCUCCAGCAUUCCUUGGAAUAGCAGUAACAGUGCAUCCGAUGCUGCAGAUUCAAGCUCUUCGACUACUGCAGUAAAUCCUGAACCACCUACCGCCGAAGACCAACAUCAUGGAGAAGAGUUGCAGCUCCAAGACCCCGGAUUGUCCGGAGACAUACUGGAGUGUAUUGUAUCGGAGCCUCGCAAGGAGCAGGAUGGCACCAAGGACGCUUUUGUAUCAUAUCUGAUUACUACAAACUCAACAUUCCCCUCCUUCCAGAAACCCACAUUCACCUCCCGUCGUCGCUUUACCGAUUUCGUUUUUCUCUACAAGUCUCUUUCUAAAGAUUAUCCGGCAUGCGCCGUACCUCCCCUCCCUGACAAGCAGCGCAUGGAAUAUGUACGGGGAGAUCGCUUUGGCCCAGAUUUCACUAAUCGCCGAGCCUACUCUUUACAACGCUUCCUCAUGCGCCUUACCUUACAUCCUAUCCUCCGGCGAGCACCUAUUUUACACACCUUCCUAGAAUCCCCCGACUGGAACGCGACUAUGAGAUCCCGCGCGGCUAGAACUAGCACAACUUCGGACCAAGGCAGCGGAGGCGUCUUCGACAACUUCGCUGACACCUUCAUCAACGCAUUUACUAAAGUCCACAAACACGACAAACGAUUCAUAGAGGUACGCGAGAAGAGCGAUAAGCUAGAUGAAGAUCUGGGACAUGUUGAAAAGGUCGUGGUGCGAGUAGCCCGGCGGGAAACGGACCUCGAGAUAGAUUUACGAGAUCUCACAGAGCAAUUCCAGAAGCUCAUCACCCUCGAACCGGGGGUUGAAAGCGCCGUCCACGGGUUCGCAGCUAGCGUUGAGGACACGGCAACCGGACUAAAGAAGCUGCGCGAGCAUACGGACCAGGAUUACCUCGGCAGUUUGCGAGAUAUGCAGGCGUACAGCCAAGCGCUCAAGAAUUUGCUCAAGGCGCGCGAGCAGAAACAACUCGACCACGAGCAGCUCACAGAGUACCUCAAUAAGUCGGCAGUAGACCGUGAAGCGCUAGCCAGCGGAUACGGGUACGGCACCACGGGCGCGCUGGGCGGCGCCGGCGGCUUCAUCCGAUCCAAGAUCGAGGACGUGCGGGGCGUGGACCAUGAGGCAAGCCGACGCGAACGCCUGCGCAAGCUGGAGAUGCGCAUCGACGAGUUAACGACCGAGGCCGAGCGCGCGAAGAAGACAAGCGAGGCCUUCGACGAGGAGGUCGUUAAGGAGGUCGUGGAUUUCGAGCGCAUCAAGCGGAUCGAGCUGAAGAGACAGUUCGGCGGCCUGGCCGACGCGCAUGUGGAGUUUUACGGGGGCACUAUUGAUGUUUGGGAGCAAUACGUCCGGGAGAUGGAGAAGGAGGGCUUGAGUGAGUCGGCGUAUACGGGUUGAACGAUGGGCAUGGAAGGGGCUUUGUCGGCAUGUCAACGGAACCUGACGGUUGAGUAAAACUGAUUGUUUUGUUGCGCAUUGCCUACCUGACUUCGACCUCGACCUUGAAGGAAAGCCAACGGUCCUUGGGUGAUUACCUAAAGCUACGCAAAGCUCAUCAGGGAGCUUUCAUCGAUUCCAUUCCCAGGUUCGAGAAAGCAAAAUCCGAGAUGGCGUUGAGGGACGGAUGUACGGAUGGAUGUAUGUAAGCAAGCCGGAGAGCGAGCAAGCAAUGGAAUGGAAUGAAUGAACAUCAGGGAGUUAAGGGGGUAUUACGGCGUUGUAGGGAAAUUUGUGUCCUGCUGUCUCAUAGAAAAGAGAGUAGCUUUCUGCUUCUUGUUCACUUACAUACAUUGGGCGCUUUUACGUGGAUCGUGAGAGGUGACUAUUAUGUGAUUGACUCCAUAUUACUGGAGAAUUUACUUCAUGCUCCGAUUCAUGAGAACAAGUCGCAUUUUAGAUCCAAAAUUUGUCAUGAUCC